CCUGCAUUUUCUGUUAUCGUCGGAGGCGGAGACUCCGAGCAGAUUGUUAGCUCGCCUGAGUUGUUGAAUUACCGGCGAUAUUGAUCGAUUCUUAAGUUUUUUUUUUUACGAAACAUGAAGAACAGAAAACAUCACCGUGAAACGACGGUGUUUUUAGGAUUUCCGAUCAUUCUUUUAUACCGGAGACGGAGCAACAUUUUCCAGCUUGUUCCUUUAAUUACAGCUUUAUCCGUUGUUGUUCUCAUUCUAUUUGUGUUGAUAUCUUAUAUAUCUCCUCCCAUAGAUAGCCGCCAUGAUCAGUUCAUCAGCUUGUUCUAUAAUGGAACAGAGCCCCGAAGGAACCUGCUUGAAGAACAAGUGAUUCAGGAACCAGUGGAAGGAGGGAGAUUAAGCCGAGAUAUAUGGAAUUCGAAGAAAUCGAAUCUCUACCAUGGUUGCAGUAUUGCCAGUGACGAGUUUCCAGCUGCUGAGGUUAAUACACUUCCUAAUAGGUACUUGUUGAUUGCAACUAGUGGAGGCUUGAAUCAACAGAGAACAGGGAUUAUUGAUGCUGUUGUGGCUGCUCAUAUCUUGAAUGCUGUCCUUGUAAUUCCAAAGCUGGAUAAACAAUCCUAUUGGAAGGAUUCAAGCGACUUCUCUGAAAUUUUUGAUGUCAACUGGUUUAUUUCGUACCUUUCAAAGGAUGUCAAAAUUGUUAAGGAUCUCCCUAGAAUGGGAAAUGAACUCAUAAUUCCGCACACAACACGUGUUCCAAGGAAGUGCAAUGCUGAGUGUUAUCAGACUCGUAUCCGGCCAAUUUUAAAUAAAAAGCAUGCUGUUCAGUUAACAAAAUUUGAUUACAGACUCUCCAAUCAUUUGGAUACGGAGCUACAGAAGCUGAGAUGUAGAGUCAACUAUCACGCACUGAAGUUUACUGAUCCCAUAAUUGAAAUGGGAAAAAAAUUGGUUGAGAGGAUAAGAAAGAAAAGCCAACACUUCCUUGCGCUGCAUCUAAGGUUUGAAUCAGACAUGCUAGCAUUCUCUGGAUGCUACUAUGGUGGAGGAGACAAGGAAAGGCGAGAACUGGGUAUAAUACGAAAGAGGUGGAAGGCAUUACGUGUAACAAAUCCAGAUAAAGAAAGAAAGAACGGCAAAUGCCCACUAACUCCUGGGGAAGUUGGCCUUAUGCUUAGAGCACUUGGUUUUGGUAAUGAUGUUCAUAUUUAUAUUGCAUCAGGGGAAAUCUAUGGAGGCGAGGAGACGUUGGCUCCUCUCAAGGCUUUCUUUCCAAAUUUUUAUACCAAAGAGACACUUGCCAGCAAGGAAGAGCUGGCACCAUUUUCUUCUUUUUCUUCCAGGAUGGCUGCUUUAGAUUUCAUUGUUUGUGAUGAGAGUGAUGUCUUUGUUUCAAAUAACAAUGGAAAUAUGGCACGAAUGCUUGCUGGACGAAGGCGAUAUUUCGGUCACAAGCCAACCAUCCGUCCAAAUGCGAAGAAGCUUUAUAAGAUGUUUACUGAUCGAAAUAACAUGACAUGGGAAGAGUUCAGCUCACAAGUUCAAAAACAGCAAAUAGGUUUCAUGGGAGACCCAAUGGAGGUAAAGCCAGGCAGGGGCGAGUUUCAUGAAAAUCCAUCAGCAUGCAUUUGUGAAGAUACCAAUGUCAAGGCUAGAGAAGAUGUAACAAUUCCCCGGAGUCCUGCCAUGAUCUUUGAAGAAGAUACUGAUUCUGCUGAUGAUGGUACCAGGAAAUCUUCUGGAGAAGUGACCGAUAGACACAUUAUUGAGGAUGAGCAAUAUUGGUUUGAUACAGAUUAUAUGGAGAAUGAAAUUGGAAGAAUUCAGAGCAUUGGCGGAGCCACAAUUUCACUAAGGUAGUUGAAUAUAUGAAGAAGUGAAUCCACAAAAAAAGGAAAAAAAGGAGAUCCAACAUCUACUAUAUACAAAAAAAAAACAUAAUUUUAGCCAUGUAUAAACAGUGUAAUUGUCCGUUGACACCAAUAUAGCCUAGGGGUAGAAAGUUGUACAUAAGGGUUAAGUGCAGAUUGAUAACUUGUUUCUCCAGUUAUUAUGGUGGUUAAGGGUACAGUUUUGUGGGCAAGAUGAUCAACUCAAUCAUUUGCUAGUUUUGAGAGGAUUCUUUGCAUUUGAAUGCAAUAUACAGCACUACAUCUUGGACAAGGAUUAGUCUAAUUCUCAGAAAAUGGGAGGAAACCUUGAUGUAAUUUAGAAAGACUGAAGGAGAUGGAUAAUUAGAUAUGGGAAGAAACCGACGAGGUAUGUUUUUUGUUUGCAUUUUUUCUUGUAGAUGUUAAAGAAAAGGAAUGAACAAAUUGGAUGUGUAUUCUGAUGAUGAUUGAUAAUGUUGGAUGAACUAUUGAUUCUUA